AUGCCUGGAAUCCUGCCGAUGAAAAUGAUCCGAGUGGGGAGCAAUGCACAGAACAGGAUUGCCCAAGCAUGUGACAGGUGUCGUAGCAAGAAGAUCAGGUGCGACGGUGUGCGACCUUGCUGCACUCAAUGUGCCAAUGUUGGCUUCGAGUGCAAGACCAGCGACAAAUUAAGCCGCCGCGCCUUUCCCAGAGGUUAUACAGAGUCCCUCGAAGACCGGGUCCGAGGGCUUGAAGCCGAAGUACGCGAACUCAAGGACUUACUGGAUGAGAAGGAUGAAAAGAUCGAUAUGCUUUCUCGAAUUCACAGUUUCUCCCCUCCAUCACGGAAAUGCUCAUCCUCCUUGUCACCAGGAAAUGCAGUCGACGUCAAGGCUGAAGUCGAGUCGAUCAGGGAAGAAGUCUUACACGUCGAAAUACCCGCGCCUGUACAGCCGAGAGCCACAUCGACCGGCUCUUCCACAACACUUUCUCUCAUAGAAGCCUUCGAUCAAAAGGUGCAAGAGACUGGUCAACAGACCACCGGAUUCUCUACGACCAACCUCCAGAAAACACUUCAAACGACACGCCAGACCUCGAAUUCAGGACCCAAGAUUCCUCCCAGAAUCCUCACCGAUCAGUACAUCAACAUCUUUUUCCAAGAAUGGCAGCCUCUGUUACCAAUUCUUCAUCGACCCAGUUUCCUCCGCGUGUACGAACAGUACUUGACCAACCCAGAGUCAGCAAACUGGCAGGGCAACAAACAAGCACUGGCCCAGCUGUUUUUGAUCUUCGAGAUCUCGGCGCUGUCAAACAUCACGACCCCGAAGAAGAAUUCUCCCUCGUACGAGACUCAAUGGCGCAAAGCCCUUUACUCAACAUCAUCUAUCGCCUCGCUCUCGACGCUGCAAUGCCAUGUCCUUGCUCAGAUCUGUUACCUGUUGCGGGCGGAUUACACUCACCUCGCCCGUCACCGGGGCAUCGCUGUGACGAUGUGCCACGAGCUGGGUCUCCACCAGCUUCACAAGUAUCAAAGUUUGUCGCCCCUAGAAGCCGAGACCAGAAAGAAGGUCUUUUGGUGCCAAUACGUACUUGACAAGUUUACCUCUGCCACCACCGGCACUCCAAUACUGCUCCGUGACACUGACAUUACCGCCGAAUUUCCCGCCGACGUCGACGACGAAAACCUCACUGCCCAGGGCUUCCACCCGACCCUGCCCGGCGAACUUACAAAGAUUUCCAGUGCGCUAGCAUUCUUCCGCUUGAGCAAGAUCUUGUCCAAGACCCUCGAUCUUCUUUACCCUUCCCAAGCAAGCUAUCAGCUAUCUCUAAAUAAACUACAUGCGCUCUCUGACGAGCUGGACCAAUGGUCAGAAGAACUUCCUGAGCACCUCCGCUUACGAUUCUGCAACGAUAAGCCGGCUACACAUAUGAUCAGCUGCAGGUCACCUCUACUAUCUUUGGCAUAUUUCUACACAAGAACUCUGAUCCACAGACCGUUGCUUUGCCAUGGUUCCGGGAGUGCUGCAUCCGCGGCCAAUAUUGUCCUGGCUGCCGCCGGCAAACACAUAUUACAGAUUGUGGACCUUCUCCUGGAGCGCCGCAUGAACUAUACUUUCCCGCUCAACAAGGCGGAUCUUCUGCUCAUCUCCGGGAUAUCUAUCCUCUGGCAGACGAUCAAUCUGGACGACGACAGCAAGCUUGUCAAGGACAAUCAGAAGUCUUUGACUCUUUCGAUGAACAUGCUAAAUAAUGAACUUCCCGCCGCCGCGACGGAGUUCCAGAAUGUGGCCGCCUAUUUCGUUACAUUGGAAGGACGACCAGCCUCGUCGCCAAAGCCUCUGGGUUUUGAGAACUCAAAACAACGACCAAAUUCGUCCAUGCCAGCCCCUUCAGAUACCAAAUCCAAGUCUACAAGGAGGCAGUUGCAAGCCCUUGCUUCUCGAUGGUCAACUUUCGGUACCAAAGCGAAAUCGGACGAGGCCGUUCGACUGGCAUCUGGGCCUCAGAACGAUCCUUCAAGUCUAAGCCCAGCCCACCGCGCUGCCAGCAUUGUCAGUCUCUCAUCAACGCGGUCCGCCCCAAUCGUGCCAAUGAACGCAGCAUCGUCGAACCAAUUGAGCGCCUCCAGAACCAUGGAUGCCGCAGCCAUCAACCUGGAUUUUCUCCCAUUAGGUGACGAGUUCGGUGACUCUCAGACAAGAACGUCGUCUAGCACAAUGUUACCACCAAGGAAACAGCAAAUCUCGGGCCCUGUCAUAACAGACGCAAGAUGGGAUCAACUUCUCACGAAUUUCGACAACAACCCUUCCCUUUAUGCGGACGUGGCAGCCGGUGGACAUCCGCUCUAUCAACCAACCAGCAACGAAUGGACGCCGGAUGCAUGGCACCUGUCUGGACUGGACCUGACGGCAAAAGCCCCUGUGCCGCAGAGCCUGCUUAGCUUCUCCGAAGAAUCCUUGACUAGUGGUGACGACUUCUUGUUCAGUGCUGCUGGAAGUCAUAACGGUUCAACGGCAACUGGGGACAGUAUGGACCCGAUAGAAACCUACCGUGGCAUCGCCAUUCCGGUGGAUGACGAAUUCGAUUUUCACGAGGUAGCGGCAUGA